AAGGCGAUCCCUGAAAUGAGUAAGACUCAGAGUUGUUAAAGUUUUUAAAGCGCAGCAGCAGCAGGAGCAGCGGCGGCUCCUGGGGAAAAGGCAGCCAGUUGGAGGGAGCCUGGCCAAGCCGAGGAUCGCGCUGAGCUGAACUCAGCUGGGGUUACAAGCUCAAGGCAAGAAUUCUGACGCUCCCAAGAGACCGGAUUUACCUCCCUGGCCCAGCUCGCCCUACAAUGCGGACUUUCCCCCUCCAGGUCAGGACUGGAGUUUUAAAAUAAAAUGGAUGAUCUGACGUUACUUGAUCUUCUGGAGUGCCCCGUGUGCUUUGAAAAGCUCGAUGUCACAGCCAAAGUCCUCCCCUGCCAGCACACCUUCUGCAAACCAUGCCUCCAGAGGAUUUUCAAGGCCCACAAGGAGCUGAGGUGCCCCGAAUGCCGGACCCUGGUGUUUUGCAGCAUCGAGGCACUGCCAGCCAACCUGCUGCUCGUGCGUCUUCUAGAUGGUGUGCGCUCGGGGCAGAGCUUGGGAAGAGGGGGCUCCUUCCGCAGGCCCAGCAUGCUGACCCUGCAGGACAGCAGGAAAAGCAGGACUAACCCCAGAGGUCUACAGUCCAGCCCUUUCCGCCUGGUGCCUAAUAUCAGAAUCCACAUGGAUGGGGUGCCACGAGCAAAGGCCGUAUGUAACUACCGAGGGCAGAAUCCUGGUGACCUGAAGUUUAAUAAGGGAGAUGUCAUCCUUCUCCGGAGGCAGCUGGAUGAGAACUGGUACCAGGGGGAGAUCAAUGGAGUCAGUGGGAUCUUCCCAGCCAGCUCCGUGGAAGUCAUCAAGCAGCUGCCCCAGCCACCCCCACUCUGCCGAGCUCUCUACAACUUCGACCUACGAGACAAAGACAAGAGUGAGAACCAGGACUGCCUGACCUUCCUCAAGGAUGAUAUCAUCACUGUGAUCAGCCGAGUGGAUGAGAACUGGGCAGAAGGCAAGUUAGGGGAUCAAGUGGGCAUCUUCCCGAUCUUGUUCGUAGAGCCCAACCUCACUGCAAGACACCUCCUAGAGAAGAACAAAGGCCGGCAGUCAGCCCGCACAAAGAACCUGUCCCUGGUGCCCUCAUCCUCCCGAGGCAAAGCAACCAACACACCCACGCUGCGAAGGGGCCCUGGGUCCAGGAGGAAGGGGCCUGGGCAGUUCUCCAUCACAACAGCCUUGAACACUCUCAACAGGAUGGUUCAUUCUCCCUCGGGGCGCCAUAUGGUGGAGAUCAGCACCCCAGUGCUCAUCAGCUCCAGCAACCCCUCUGUGAUUACCCAGCACAUGGGGAAAGCAGACCUUCCUCCCAGCUCUGUGGGACAGGUCAGCACUUACCACCCUGUACCUGCCUCCCCGGGACAUUCCACGGCCAUCGUCAGUGUGCCUGGCUCCCAGCAACACCUCUCAGCGAACAUGUUUGUAGCCCUGCACUCCUACUCAGCCCAUGGCCCGGACGAGCUGGACCUGCAGAAGGGAGAAGGCAUCAGGGUCCUGGGCAAGUACCCGGAUGGCUGGCUCAGGGGCGUCUCCUUGGUCACUGGCAGGGUCGGCAUCUUCCCCAACAACUAUGUCAUCCCCAUUUUCAGAAAGACAUCUAGUUUUCCAGAUUCUCGGAGUCCUGGUCUCUACACCACAUGGACAUUAUCCAACUCCUCUGUGUCCUCCCAAGGCAGCAUUUCAGAAGGUGAUCCCCGGCAGAACCGGCCCUUCAAGUCCGUCUUUGUGCCCACCGCCAUAGUCAGCCCUGUGAGGAGCACGGCCAGCCCGGGGACUGUCGGACGGGGCUCUCUUCGGAAAUCCGGGCGGAGCAGCAUGAGAAAGAGUAAGUGGUGGCAGAGAGAUGGAUCCCUGCAGAGACCCGUCCAGUCAGGGAUCCCCGCCCUUGUGGUGGGCUCCCUCAGACGCAAUCCCACCAUGGUCGUACGGCCUCAGCAGUUCCAGUUCUACCAGCCGCAGGGGGUCCCCUCCUCCCCCUCAACGGUGGUGGCAGAAGUGGGACCUAAGCCCACUCCCACUGGGGAGCCUGCCCUCACGUGCGUCAGCAGGGGCAGUGACACCAGGAUCCGCUCCGCAGCCAGUUCCCUCAUCAUGGAAGGCAAGGAAAUCCCCAUCAAGAGUGAGCCUCUACCUAAACCACCUGCGUCUGCCCCACCAUCGAUCCUGGUGAAACCAGAAAACCCAAGAAAUGGCACCGAAAAGCAAGUCAAAACCGUGAGAUUUCAGAACUACAGCCCUCCUCCCGCCAAACAGUACACCUCCCAUCCCACCGCAGGAAAGCCUGAACAGCCCACCACCCCGAAGGGUUCCCAGCCGGAAGCAGCCCCCUCGGGCCCAGAGAUGAACGUCCUAUUUGCCCACCGAAGCGGCUGCCAUUCCGGACAGCAGACAGACCUCCGAAGGAAGUCAAGUUUGGGCAAGACCGUGACCCCGGUGUCUGCCACUUCGGCCACACAGACCGUGUUUCCCAGCAAAUGAAUCUACGGGUGGCUUUUCCCAGACCCCAAAGAGACCCUGCCUUGGUCAUCUUCCCAGAAGGAGCUAGGAACAACUGGGAUACGGAAGAGAACACAUGAUCUGCUUGGAUGGAAACUGCUCAAUGGGGAGUUUGUGGACCAUGUGAUAGCCGUCAGACAUCAGGGAUGGUACUGGAAUACCAGCAGGCCGGGCUCUGGGACAGAAGGGCAAUAGGAGAAGGAACACGUCUGUCCUCAACUGGAGCAUCCGUGGGUGGUGACCCAGGAUAGGGACCAGCGCGUGACUCACGGGCUGUUCCAGGUUCCAGCAAACUCCCACCCCUCCUGUUAUUCUGUCCUUUUGCCAGAGCCAAACUUUAUCUUGCCGGUUUCUCACACCUUGGCACCUAACUGACAAAUGAAAAGACCAGACAUCACAUUCCUUCUAGCUCUGUGACUGGCCAGUCUGCCCAGCUCACCUUUGGAGCAGUGGCGGCCUGACACUCUCCUCUUGGAUAUUCAAGCCAGAGAGGCCAGUGCCUCUUCACAAAGCCCCUAGCUUUCACCCCCUCUCCUGACUCCCACCCAAGCACCCUGAGUCCUCCCACCACAUCUGUGUUCUUUUCCAAUCCAAUUCCAUGCUAUCUUUCCCCCUGAAACUGAUCGAGAGGGUUUCUGUUAGGACAUACUGAUUAAAGAAAUGAGGACUUGGUACAUAAAGGAUUUCAGAAGAAAAAUCCAUGAUGUAAUGAGAGAGCUACCACAGACUACAGAGAGGCUAUUGUAUUCUUUUUUUGUCCAGAAACAAGUCAUAUUAAAGGGCAAGUCAU